AUGGACUUUCUUUCUAAAACGUUACAAACGUUAACGGGCUCUUCUAUCCCGUAUACUCUCAAGGAGGAGGUCUGGCACAAUCAGAUAUGGCAGCUUUUUGACGCUAUUAACCCAAAGGACAACUCACCCGUAUCGGUAUUCCAAUUCAAUGGUGCCAACAAACAAGACACAUAUAAGGUGCUAGCCACUUCAAGUUUCACCAACUCCAAACUUGUCAAGUAUCCUGGACUUGUUUCCAUUAUAGACUACUUUGAGGUAUCCAAAGAGCACCUUUACAUUGUCACCGAAAGAGUCAAGCCUUUACUGGCGGUACUCAGUGGAAGUUCCAAAGACUACAAGGUUUUUGGAAUCAACUCGAUAGCAAACAGUUUAGAGUUCUUGAACUCCAAGUGUAAACUCGUUCAUUGCAACCUCAGCGUUGAUUCUGUGUUUGUGUCCUUGGAAGGAAGUUGGAAGUUAUUCGGAUUCGAGUUGAUGAGUGGAGUGGGAAACAUGGCCAAGAAUGCUGUUAGCUAUGGCAGAAACUUGAUCGACUUACCCGAAGAAUUGGUGAAUAGCCAGCUAUGCAACUAUGAGGCCAGCCCUCAAACCGAUUCUUACUUGUUGGGAAAGUUCAUUGAAGCGAAUGUUCCCCAAUGGACUAGUCCUACCAUCAAGAGAUUGACCACUAAGUUCAGAUCCAGACUAAGCUUAGAAGACUUCUUGGUGAAGAAUGGCCCAAUUUUUGAUUCCAAUAUAAUCAUAAGAUUCAACGAAGAAUUGAAUGACGUUAAGGUCUUAAAUAGUCAUGACAAGUUGGGUUUCUUCAAGCACAAUUUGGCUGAGUAUCUCAAUGGAGAUACCUCCGUAUAUCCUGAAGGAUUGAUUGCAAAUAAAUUGCUUCCAGAGUUAGUACUGCAAUACGAUCAGCUUCUGAGGUUCAAACCAUCAGUGAAUACCACCCCCGAAGAAACUACGCAAAAUCAGGAACUCCUUUCGAUUGUAUUGAACUUCAUCUUAAAGAUCUGCAUGAAUUUGCCCUCCAGUGAGUUCAACACCAAAAUCGUGCCUAUAAUUAAGGCAAGUUUUGGAAGUAAUGACAGAUCCGUGAGGUUGACUCUAUUGAACAACUUGUCAGGAUACAGACCGAUGUUGAGUAACCCAGAUCUUCAGGCUAUCUUCCCCAAACUUGUGGUUGGUAUUCAAGAUUCUAACUUCAUAAUCAGGGAGUUGACUUUAAAUGCAAUUAACUCUAUUGUGGAUGUUUUGACAGACAAAUCGGUCAAUCAGGACUUGUUGAAAGUGUUGGCCAAAUGUCAAAACGACCCUAAACCCUCGAUUAGAACAAACACAAUUAUCUUGAUCAUCAAGAUAUCCGGUAGAAUCUACAAAAACUCCAGGAAUAAUGUUCUCAUAACUGCGUUGAGCAAGUCUUUGAAAGACUCUUUUACUCCCUGUAAAAUGGCUGCUUUAAGAGGAUUUGAGUCGUUGGAGUCAGAUUUUUCUAUCGAUGAAGUCUGUAACAAGAUCUUAGGGAUAUUAGCAACGGCUUUGAUGGAUCCAAAGUCAAGCAAAGUCAGAAACGAAUCUGGAAGAUUGUUCAAGGUUUAUUUCAAUAGAGUGGAAAGUCAAGCCACUAAUUUGGGAGAUGAAGAAGAUGAAGAAUUGGAAGAAAAGGAAUUCUUGGCUAAGAAUGGGACCCCCAACGAAACAGUCAAGAAGGAUGUAGCACCCGGUAAUGGUGGAUCCGGAAGUGGAUUUGGCUGGAAUCUCAUGAACAAGUUCGUUUCGUCCGGAGUCGAGGGCCAAAUGAAUAAUGAAAUCAACAAGAGUUCCAGCACUGUUAAUCUUAUAGCCACAAACAAUAGCAACAGCGCAAGGAAUACUCCUACAAUUGCAUCAGUUACACAUUCAACUGAAGAUUUGACCAUAAAAGAUGGUUGGAAUGAAUUUGAUGAUGGCUGGGGUGGAGUUGAAGAUGAGGAGUUGGAAAAGCCUAAACCAAGAGCUGCAAAGUCCACCAAACCUGUGAACACAAGAAAGCCUAUAUCUUCCAAUAGGACGAAGACAUCUACAUUGAAGCUAGGCCACAAAGAGAAACCAGUCUCGCUGUUGAAGUUGAACUUGGUGGAUGAUGAUCAAGAAGAGGGUGGUUGGGGAGGAUUGGACGACUGGUAACUAGUAUAGUUUAUUCAUAAUACACUCAUUAAUAAAUACAUGCAAAAAGUCACUUUAAAGGCAACAAGUUCUGUUCUACACACAGCGUCCUGCAAAGAGGGCAUUCAGGGUUUUCUCUUACCCAAUCCACAAUGCAUUCCCAGCAGAAUAAAUGACCGCAGUUUGCAGCCGAUGGGUUCACCAUAGGCGAAAGACAAAGAAUACAAUUUCUUGAGGCUUCAGGAAUAUAAGGAAGUUGGCUAUCAUCUGCUAAGUCUACUUCAUUUGCCGAAACCUUGAUCUGGGAAAUUCUUUUGUACGUACCAUCGUCUUCAUGAUCGACUAUAAUGCUCGAAUCCAAAUUGGUCUGGUCAGUAUAUGCCUUGAACUUGAUUAAACCCUUGACAACAAACUGAAGUAAGAUAAUUAACCCAAGUAACGAGUAGUUUGAGUUCUUAGCCAUCUUGUUCAAGUCUUUGUUGUGGCCAAAGAUGUACCUCAUACCAAAUAGACGUUUUGAUAAAGAAUAGUACGACCCUUGAAAAUAGAACAUAGCAACGUGCAAAUUCAUCAUUGUGUCUAAUACGCUCGUAUAACUGGAGAAAACAUCGAUGAACCAUUUCUUAACUUUAUUCCUCUCAUUUUCAGAGCUGUAAAGCUUGAAUUUCUUGACAAUUCGGGAAAUGAUAUAAGGUGCCAAAGCAUAUGACACUAUGAAACCAAGCCUCCUAAAUAAUCCUGGAAACCGCUUCCCACUGCGAUUAAUGUAGAGCAAAUCAACGUACUCUUCUCCCAAGGUUCUGUACCCAGCCAAAGUCGUCAAGAUCAAGUACAUCAGCUUGGUAGCCACAGUGAUUUCUUCUGGGUACUUAUUGAUAAACCGCUGGCCCUUGAAGAUCUGGAACGCAUCUUGGAUUUGACUUCGAAGUGACGACUCAAAGUAUGCAUCCUUCUGAUUGGCUCUUACUAUAGUGGCCGAGUUGGCGAAGGGAAGGGCAUUGCCAUUUUGUUGUAUGCUUGAAGGACUUGACAUGAAGUUGUGUGGAGAAAGUUAGUUGAGCAGCUUGGAAAGCUCGAGCGCGAAAUGGUAGUCUUUGUGUUCUUGAGAAUCGGGGAAGCUGUCGCGGCAGAUAUCGCAGUAGUAGGUCGAAGAACUUGGGUCGACAUCGCGCGAAGUUGGGCCCGGCGAUGAGCUUUUGUUGGUACGAUUCUUCAAGGAGUCUAGGAUAUUGUACUUAGGUUUCUUGGAUGAGGGAUUGGAUAUGGGGACUUUCUCAGGAGCAGCAGAUGGUCUUUUGGUUUUGGUGGG